UCCGUCAAGCAACCGUGUGUCGCAAAAUGGCGUUCUCCGUGCCGAAAGCAUGGCAAACAGUGUCCCGAGUUAUUGCGUUAAACAAUGGUGAAUACGCGAUUUCUUCAUCGAAUCCAGCUUACCGGCACAUAUGUAACGCACACCUCACACGUAACAGCAACGUAAAUUUGUGUCUGUUCCGAAAUCCGUCUGCCGUUCGCUGCUACAGUUCACAGGCUCAGCGCAAGGGAUUCUUCGGUCAGGUAUUUGAAAACAUUAAACAAGAGAUGGUUCAGAGCAAAGAAAUGAAGGAAAACCUUAAAAAAUUUCGCGAAGAAGCCGCCAAGCUUGAGCAGUCGGAAGCGCUGCGGAAAGCGAGGCAAAAAUACGAGAGUAUCGAGGCAGAAACAGCCAAAGGGUCGCAACAACUUCGCGAGCAACUGGAGUCGAUCAAGGACAAGAUCAAGGAAGGACUCGAAGAAGCUCAGAAAAUGGAACUCGUAAAGAAAAGUCGCGAAAUUACCGAAGAACUCGCACAGUCGGCGAAGAGUGCGGCGGAGUCGAUAGCGAAACAAGGCGAUCAGCUGGGUAAGUCGGGAGCGUUUCAGGCCGUCUCUUCCGGCAUUAAGGCGGUGAAGCAGGAGAUCGACGAAGUCGAAAUAACGGGAGCGAGGGUUUACAAGGCGCCCAAGAAGCUUCGGAAACGCUCGGAACACAGCGUACACACCGACUCGGCGGACAGAGUCGUCGCCCCGAACGAAGAAGCGACCGGGGUGGAACUUCACAAGGACUCGCGCUGGUACCAGAGCUGGGAGAACUUCCGCGACAACAACCCGUACGUGCACAAAUUCUUCGACCUCAAGACCAAGUACGACGAGAGCGACAACGCCGUCGUGCGCGCCUCGCGCGCCCUGACGGACAAAGUGAGCGACAUCUUUGGGAACUUAUUCCAGAGGACCGAACUGUCGGAAGUGCUCACGGAAAUCUGCAAGAUGGAUCCGAAUUUCGACAAGAACGAGUUCCUGAAACAGUGCGAGACCGACAUCAUCCCCAACCUGCUCGAGGCGCUGGUCCGCGGAGACCUGGAGAUCCUCCGCGACUGGUGUCACGACGCGCCGUACAACGUGCUGAGCACGCCAAUCAAGCAGGCCCAGUCGCUGGGCUACAGGUACGACUCGAAGGUGCUGGACGUCACGAACGUCGACCUGGCCAUGGGGAAGAUCAUGGAGCAGGGCCCCGUGCUCAUCAUCACGUUCCAGUCGCAGCAGAUCAUGGUCGUGCGGAAUAAAAAAGGGGAGGUCGUGGAGGGCGACCCGGACAAGAUCCUGCGGAUGCACUACGCGUGGGUUCUCUGUAGAGAUCAGGCCGAACUGAAUCCCAAGGCGGCGUGGAAGUUGAUGGACCUGUCCGCCACGUCCGCGGAACAGUGGCUCUAGCGGAGGGGGGAGAGAAAUUGUGGCGAAGUUAGGUUUAGUGAAUUGAAAGAGAACUUUGUGCAUAUUAUUAGAGUACCAAUUAUUUCGGACGAUUCGUAGGUAGAACCACAUCGUAACACUGCGCUGCAAAGUCUCUGCAUGGUGUUUUACAGUGUUUUUGCUUUAUCUUUUUUUUCUCUCAUUUGCAAAAUGGGUGUUCUGCUGGAAGCUUCAAAAAGUGCAGCUGACAUGCUGAGAGUGGGAUAAACACAUCCGCGGCAUUUCUUCAACAGUAACGUGCACGUCACUGCACACGGAGGCUUGCAACAGUGCUGUUUGCUGAGUCCUCUGCUCCGCAACCAAAUUGAUGCAAGUUCAACACAUUCUUGUCUCUUCGAAAAUCUAGAAAUCGGUGUGACUAUUCGACCUUGCGCAUGUACAUACUUUUAUGAAAUCCUUCUUUCGAAUAUCCUUGCACGUUUUAGUAAAAAAAAAAGUAACUUGUAACAGCUAGAGUAAAUGUAUACAAGAACUUUGCUGUAGGCUGACUUCUGGUAUUCCUUAUCAACUCGUGGUUUGGUCCCUGAUUAGUGAAUUGCUAUAAAGGGUUCGAAAGCAACUUACAAAUAGCGAGGUUGACAUUACGAAAAAAGACAUACCACUAUGUGUGUCAUUUACAUUUUCUGGAACUUUUUUUUUUUACUCAUGCUUAUGGUAGUACUUAAAUUCCACGCUGCUAAUAACUGCGGCAGCAUUGUUAUAAAGGAGCUGUAAUUUGUUCCCUGAGAGUUAUGUUACAUCCAUUAAACAUGUACAUACAUAUA